CGUCAUUCGUAUUCGACGAACGAGCUACUUGCAUGUGGAAAUGUUUCCUUAGUUAGACGAAGCGUUUUUACUUUUCAUAUAAAAUGUCUUCUAAGAACAUACAGCAACCGGAACCUGGGACUCAAGAAGAGCUCGCACAAAAAGAGGAGCUAAACAAGAAGAUAAAAGAGCAAAAGAUUUUAGUCGACGAGUUGAGCAAUUUGAAGAAAAACAGGAGAGUGUACACACAACAACCCAACAGCAAUAUAUUCUUUCUGGCAGACAAAGGAGAGAGUCUUAGCUCAUGUAAAAAGGAUCUUGAUAACAUGAGGAAAGAAUAUCAAGAUAUUUAGUUUCGUGGGAUCAUGUGUGGGAUCUGCUGUGUGGUCAGUUUGACCACACCGCAUGAUGCACUAGAGGAGUGUGUGUAUGAAAAUCUCAAAUACAGAGGGCCCAACUGUAGCCGGGACAUUACAAUAACAAUCUCAGACUGCAGUCUCCUUUUCUCUGCACAUGUGCUUCAUAUGAGGGGUUGCUUGACACCUCAGCCUCUUCAAGAUGACAACGGGAACAUGCUUCUCUGGAAUGGAGAGGUAUUUGGUGGUCCGAAAGUAGAGCUGGAAGACAAUGACACCAAAGUUGUUCUCCAUCACCUGUCAAUGGCGCAGAGCACCUCAGAUGUGAUACUUUUUCUGUCGCAACUCAAAGGACCCUGGGCCUUUA